AUGGCGUUGCUGUUCGGCUACGGGCUUGCAGUUCACCUCAAGGUCUACCCUGUCAUCUACGGGGUGCCCAUUCUCCUUUACAUGCAGCCGGGGGCGCUGCCUGACAACUUGACGACGCUACCACGACGACCGACGGGUUUGUGGCAGCAGUUGCUGUGGGUUGUGGUUAAAGCUCCUGUUGCCGCGCUGCUGCUGCCGUUUCGAGUGUGCUGGUUCUUACUGUGGAGGAUGGGGCGAAGGCAGUGGGCCUUCGGUCUCCUCUCCGUUGCAACUUGCUUCGCCGUGGGCUGUCUCUUCUACUACAUGUACGGGUUCCCGUUUGUCUUCGAGUCUUACCUUUAUCAUGCCACCCGCAGCGAUCACCGGCACAACAUGUCUCCCUACUUUUAUCUGCUGUACCUGGACUCUGUGGCGCCGGUGAAGGCGCCAGUAUCGAUAUUUUGCUGCCUUUUCUUUCUCGUAUAUUUAGUAGUUGUCCUCAUUCUUAUGUUAGUCGUUCUCGAUGACUUCUUCUGUCUUUAUUUUCUGUGGUGGCUCUGUCUGCUUCCGUUUGCUGUGGGGGCCACUGACAUGAAGAAAGACACUCUACUGCAGACGGGGCUGGCGAUGGCGGUGUUUCAGGUGACCUGUUUGUUUUGGCUAUUUUAUGGAUAUGAACUGGAGUUCGAGGGAAAACCUGUUUUCCUGGAGCUUGCUUUGGCCUCCGCGGUGUUCGCCAGCAGCCAGAUGGGCCUUGUUGUGUUCUUCGCGCACAAAAUUCGGUCAAAAAAUAAGAUGCAAAGGGCCACAGAUGCCGCCUCCGCGUCUUCAGCGGCUGCUGUGCUCGAGAGGAAAAGAGUUUGA